UUUCAAAUCGAUAUUUCUACCCACCUAGUGCUACACAUUUUUCCAGGCAAGUUUAGUGUUUCAUUAAAUAAUCAGAAUUCAAAGAUAAUUACUGCCAUAUACCAGUAGGGCGGUCCGCAUUCACACUAGUACACCGUGCUUGACUGGUUCAAAAUUUAAACCAUUCAUCGCAGUAGAUUUAUACUGCACCAUGUCUACUUUUUGAAAAUUUGGAACCAUUAUUAUUUUUCGGCUCAAUGCGUUCGGGAGUAUUUUAUUUAUAUCUAGUGGUUUUGAUAACCGCAGCAAAAAGUUACAAUGGCGAUGAUAUAGCAAAAUGGUCCCUGGGACUUCGAUUUUUAUUAAAAACUUGUCCUCCUGUUCCUUGGAAGGAUCCAGCGCGAAAUUAUAUUUUUGAAAAUCUUCGAAGCUGCUUACAAAGAAGAGCUUUAGUCGCUGUCGAUGCUUUUCUCGAUGAAGAUGUUAUUCCAAUUUAUGGUGGACUUGAGCUCAUACGGUUCGAAAAUAAAAGUUCCACAGAAAAUGAUCUUAGCAGUAAUCAAAUUGAUACUGGACGGAAGAUUGAUGAUUCCAGUCUAUGGGAAAUGCUCCAAUAUCGCUUAUCUCGAAUUCUCCGUACUCACGUUUUGAAAUUUAAUGUAGAAAAUUCAAUGAACCUGCCUGAAGUAAGAAGCAAUUCAAAAUCUUAUGUAGUUGAAGGUCGAAGACGUCAUCACAGAAGACGUCAAGGCAUGAUGAUGAUGAUGAUGAUGGGUCUCCUUCUAAUGGGAUCAGUUUUGGUCCCCAUGGGUUUUCAGUUUCUCGCCGUGUUGGGAGGAAAAGCCCUUAUUCUCGCAAAAAUGGCCCUAAUGCUGUCCAGUAUACAAGGGUUGAAAAAAGUAGCAACGAGCGGGGUAAAUUAUGGACUGUAUCACGCCCCCGUGCCGGAAACGUGGCACGAAAGGAGCCACAUAGAAUCUGCUCCUCCGGUCUACGAAAUUCCUUAUCAGCAUUAUCCCCCCAUUGCACGACGAUCUUAAAGAAAACAUUUUCUCAGAAUCGCCAGGAAAUUUGAAAUAAAAUUUCGAGAGAAAGUGACUGAUUUUUAACAACAUUCCUAACUCCUAAAUAUUAUUUUAGGAAAUUCACUAACGCUGAAUAGUAUCGGACUAACAGGGUGACCUACUAAAAAUUCGCCUUGAUUUUUAAAGGUGAUAGCGUCGUUUCGCAUAUAGAUGAAAAUAUUCUUCAAAAACUGCUGGAAAGCUCUUGACGGGAGCUAGGAAAACAAAUUAUUAAUUCAUGAACUUGUGAAGAUUUAAAAAUCUUUAAUGGCUCAAGUUGAACGUAAAAUCCUAAAAAUCAAAUGGAUGAAUUCAUUUUCCUAGCUCGUACCAAGAGUUGAAGCACAAAACUCCUUAAGAAUUGGAACUUUAUUCUAAGCUUCAAUAUGUGAUAAUAUAAUGCACAUAAGAUCAAAUAACUUCAAUUAAGGCUCUUUUAACGCAUAAUUAAAUAUCUUUCACAACAGUUUGAAAACAUUUUUUUAUCCAAAUUUUUAAUGACGUUUUCGCCUGUCAAAGUCUAGGCUAAUUUUUACCAGGUCACCCGGUUGGUGGUCGAAUACCAUCAGUUCGUAGUGCAGACUUGUAAAAAGGACUAUUAUAUAUUAUUAAUUAUUACCUUUACCAAAGACAUUCCUCGAAAUUAGUGGAAGUGAAGAGAUACGCAUUUCUAGAUUGAAUUAUUUAUUAACUUACUAUUUUCCUAUACUUGUAUAAUUUUCUAAUAGUGUAAUCUAUACAAAAUGUAACGUAAUAUGAUUUAUGUACCACAAUUGUGCCUAGAAUUAAAAUUUUCAGUCGGAGAUUUAUUAAGACUAUUUUUUUAAAGUGGAUUUUUAUCGCUGUCCCAUAUUUUUCUAAGUGCGUAUACAAUGUUCGUCGUAACAAGCAAUGUAAAGAGAACAAAGAAUGUGUUUCUCAAUCAUUUAUUGUAUUUUCAUCACGUGAUUUUAUCUCGCAAAUGACGCUGAAGUAACCAUCGUAUGGAAAAUUUCCAGCGUGUACGCAAAAGUAAAUUUUAAAAAGCGACGCUUCAUUCAAGUCGAGUUUCCCUUAUUUAUUUAUCCCAAGGUUAACAGCUAAUCUCGUUACUAAACUGACGUCCAAGAAAAAAUUCCACUUUAUUCGAGGAUUUUAUGAUUGUUAUUUUUUUUCAGUGAUUGUGAAAUUAUUUUAAUUUUUGAAAUUUUGAUACUGUAUAAUGCGUUUCAGUUUUUGAAAAUAAAGAAUAG